AUGAAAAUGGCUUAACCUCAAGAGGAAGGUUUGGAACAAAUUCUAAAAUUACUAAAAGCUUCACAAUCACCUAUAACUGAAGUUCAAAGAGAAGUGCAGCAUAAACUUGAAGAGUUGAACACAUAUCCAGAUUUCAAUAAUUAUUUAAUAUUUGUGCUAACUAAAUUAACUGCAUGAGAAAUGAAUCACAAGAUCUUUAGCGGAUUAAUACUCAAAAAUAAUGUCAGAGCACAUUUUCAUAAAUUCUUACAUGUCGCAGAAUUUAUUAAACAAGAAUGUUUACAAGCCGUGGGUGAUCCAUCACCUCUCAUAAGGGCAACAGUCGGAAUACUUAUCACAACUAUUGCCAGUAAAGGAGAACUAGGUGCAUGGCCUGAACUUUUACCAGCCUUAUGUCAAAUGCUAGAUUCCAAUGAUUAUAAUAUUUGUGAGGGUGCAUUUGGAGCUUUACAAAAGAUAUGUGAAGAUUCAGCUGAAUUUUUAGAUAGUGAUGCACUAAAUAGACCUUUAAAUGUCCUCAUUCCAAAAUUUCUUCAAUUUUUUAGACAUACAAGCUCAAAAAUACGUUCUCAUGCAAUAGCUUGUGUUAAUCAAUUUAUUAUUGGUAGAGCUCAAGCGUUGAUGUUACACAUAGAUGAUUUUAUAGAGAGUCUUUUUCACUUGGCUUCUGAUGAAGAUCCUGAGGUAAGAAAAAAUGUCUGCAGAGCCCUUGUGAUGUUAUUGGAAGUUCGCAUGGACAGAUUGAUUCCCCAAAUGAAUAACAUAAUAGAGUACAUGUUAAUGAGAACACAAGAUCCAGAUGAGGGAGUGGCAUUAGAGGCUUGUGAAUUUUGGUUAUCCCUAGCUGAGCAACCAAUUUGUAAAGAAGCACUAGCUCCCCAUCUUCAGAGACUUGUUCCAAUCCUAGUCAGAGGAAUGAAAUAUAGCGAAAUUGAUAUUAUAUUUUUAAAAGGAGAUGUAGAAGAAAAUGAGAUGGUGCCGGAUAGAGAAGAAGAUAUUCGACCUCGUUUUCACAAAUCAAAAUCUGUGAAGCACACCGUUAGCACUGGCGGUGAUGCCGAAAACAACUUAAAUCAUUCAACAUCCGAAGAUUUUGAUGAUGAUGAUGAUGACGAUGACUGUAUUGAUGACGAUAGUUCUUUAUCAGAUUGGAAUUUGAGAAAGUGUUCGGCAGCUGGCUUGGAUGUUCUUGCUAAUGUUUUCAAGGAUGACCUUCUGCCUGUAUUAGUGCCCAUUCUAAAAGAAACACUAUUUCAUAAUGAAUGGGAAAUAAAAGAAAGUGGUAUACUUGCUUUGGGUGCUAUUGCAGAAGGAUGCAUGAAUGGAAUGAUACAACACUUGCCUGAAUUAAUACCAUACCUUAUCAGAUCACUAGGAGAUAAUAAAGCACUUGUUAGGGCCAUCACAUGUUGGACUUUAUCUAGGUAUUCACAUUGGGUAGUAAGCCAACCACAUGAUUCAUACUUGAAGCCUUUGAUGACUGAAUUGCUUAAGCGAGUUCUGGAUCCAAAUAAACGUGUUCAAGAAGCAGCAUGUUCAGCCUUUGCUACAUUAGAGGAGGAAGCUUGCACAGAACUAGUCCCAUACUUAGGAUUUAUUCUUGAAACAUUAGUAUUUGCAUUCACAAAGUAUCAACAUAAAAAUCUCCUUAUAUUAUAUGAUGCUAUUGGUACACUAGCAGAUUCUGUAGGACACCAUUUAAAUCGACCGGAUUAUAUCAACAUGCUUAUGCCACCUUUAAUACAGAAAUGGAAUGUUUUGAAGGAUGAGGAUAAAGAUUUAUUUCCUUUACUUGAAUGUUUAUCCAGUGUUGCGACAGCAUUACAAUCUGGUUUUCUGCCGUAUUGCGAACCUGUCUAUAGGAGGUGCAUGUCACUUAUUGAGCAAACCUUGCAUCAGCACAUUGCUAAUACAACGAGCCCAGAGCAGUUUGAAGCCCCUGACAAAGAUUUUGUGAUCGUCGCGCUUGAUCUGCUAUCUGGACUAGCUGAAGGGUUGGAUGGACACAUAGAAAAAUUGGUCGUUAAUAGUAAUAUCAUGCAACUGUUAUUUCAGUGCAUGCAGGAUCCUAUGCCAGAGGUAAAUACACACAUAUGCACGGGCCGGUGUACUUCGCUGCGCAAUAUUCGCGAUAAUGAGGAGAAAGACUCGGCUUUUCGAGGAAUGUGCCAGAUGAUAACUGUUAAUCCCGCUGGUGUUGUACCAGAUUUUAUAUUUUUUUGCGAUGCAGUUGCUUCUUGGUUGCAUCCGAAAGAUGAUCUAAAAGAUAUGUUUACAAAAAUUCUUCAUGGUUUUAAAAAUCAAGUGGGCGAAGAAAACUGGACGAGGUUUAGUGAUCAAUUCCCGCCGCAACUUUACGAACGCCUUCGGUCGAUGUAUGGAGUUUAAUGACAUUUGUAAUUGCGGAAACUAUAGGUGAUAAAAUGGAUCCAGUACUAUCGUUUUGGACACUUAUGAGCAAGUACAUAUGUAACGACUAUAGUAUUUAAUCUCUCAAAUUAUUCUUUUUUCAUACAUUAUAUAAAACACACACAUACGCUGCAUUAAGUUUCGAAGCAAAAUUUAAAAAACGGAAUAUAUUUAGUAUAUCUUA